UAUAUUUUAUAAUUGAGAAAACAAUUAUUCAAAUUUUUCUUUAAUACUACCAAGUUUACUACCAAAAAGACAGUUAUUUACGUAUAUUUAUCAUUAUACGCUUUAAUUCAGUUAAUUGUAAUUACUUUAACAUGAUUAAGUUGUUUUCAUUAAAAAAUGCAAAAAAGGAUGGUGAAUCCCCAAAAACUGGCACUCAAAAGAAGUCUUCCGCGGCGCAGUUAAGAAUCCAAAAAGGUUUUGUUAUUUUAGAUAUAAAUGAACUAAAUUUACCAAAAACUUGUGGUACCGAAUUUCCAGACCCUGAUGAUUUACUUACAUUUAAACUUGUCAUUUGUCCAGAUGAGGGAUUUUACAAAGGAGGACGAUUUAUAUUUAGUUUUAAAGUUGGGCCAAAUUAUCCACAUGAACCACCAAAGGUCAAAUGUGAAACUCAGGUAUACCAUCCAAAUAUUGAUUUAGAAGGUAAUGUUUGUCUAAAUAUUUUAAGAGAAGAUUGGAAACCAGUUCUAACCAUAAAUUCAAUUGUUUAUGGAUUACAAUACCUUUUUUUAGAGCCAAAUCCAGAGGAUCCAUUGAACAAAGAUGCAGCUGAAGUAUUACAAAAUAAUCGAAGGGUAUUUGAACAAAAUGUAGCUAAAGCAAUACGAGGAGGUUAUGUAGGACAAUAUUAUUUUCAGCGAUGUCUCAAGUGAUAUUUUGUCCCUUUUUUAUCGACAUCUCUUUCAUCUUCACAAAAUUUCACUAUCUGAGAAAAAAUAUUUGGACAAAUAUA